GUGGUCUGCACCUCUGCAGCGCUCAGCAGCUUGCUCUGGUCGCUACCGUUACUCCGGAUUAUCAGCAAUAAGUCAGUUGUCUUGGAAACCUGUCACCUUGAGGCGGAGCAACGGAAAAAGGCGUCCAGAGGCAGAGUAAAUGUGUGAGAGACUGGUUUCAGCAGAACUAACUUCAGGAGACCGUCGCUGAAAUCAUUACAGAGAAGAACACCUGAUCAGAGCUCAGCAGACUUUUGGUGCAAAUCAGAGAGAAGAAGAACCGUAAGCCAACAAAUGCUUCAUUAGGACAGAGGAAAGGGGGUUUGCUAAAUGCAAAGUUCACCACAUCCUGUUUGGGUCUUUUUCUGGCAUUUUCAGUUUCAUCUGCGUGAUGAACUCUGUCUGAAAUCCUCCGUGUCUCUGCUUAGGUUUGGAAGUAAAACCCGGCUGAGUGAGCGGUCCUGUCAGGAAGAUGGAGUGUCCUCUUUCUCUUCGCCUCUCUGCAGCAGCAGGAAACAUGCAGGGUUUCAGCCGCUGUGGGAAGAUGUUGCUGCAUGUCUGCUUCAUGGUCUCAGCUUGCUGUGGUGGUUUUCCUGCUGCUGUGGCCGAGUUCUCCCUGUGGCAGCCUGCGGUGGUCGCCGGCCCGCUGGGCCACAGCGUCCUGCUGCCCUGCCAGCUGCAGGACUCCCAGCGUGAGAAGCUCCUCAACCGGCCCGUCCUGUACUGGGAGGUCCAUGGGAAACAGCUCCCGUUUAACGAGAACAAAACCUCCGCCAGUCCCAACAAAUGUAUUGAGCUGUCGGAGGUGCGGUGGUCCGACGGCGGGACGUACGAGUGCAAACUGUCCAUCAGGACCGACAAGAGAGGAAGCUUCAGGCUGAAGGGAAACAAAACCACGCUGAUCGUCCACGAUGCCAUGACCUUUGACCUCUGCAGCCGCCAUGACUCCCUGCUGCGCUGUGAGGUCACCGUGUCGCACGAUCCGGGUUUGACUCUGACGCUGAGCAGAAACGACUGCGUCGUGCAGAGCUCCGCCCCCUCAGAGCGCCGCGCCGCCAACGGCACCGUCACUCUGGCUGCAACCGUCCCGCUGACCGGCAACGGGCAAUAUGGCUGUCAACUGAAGCUGCACGACGUCCUGAUAACCAGCAGCAACUUCCACAGCCAGCAGGCGGGUAGAUAUCAGCCUCAAGCUGAAUCCUUCAGCAAAACAGGAACCAGUUCCAUCAGAAUAUUAAAGCUACAUGCAGGUUAUAAGAUGUUUUUCUGUCUAAUGCAAAAACGGUUUAAAAUUAAAACAAUCUGGCUACAGGAAAUGGGAUCAUUAUUAUUUUUCAUUUCAGCAGCUGGAGAAGCUGGAAAAGAUGCAACAUCAACAUGUAAUUCUUAGCAACUUUCACUUUUCUUCCUGCUGAAAUGGUCAUUUUCUAGGAGCCGUAGUUAAAUUCCCAGGAUGCCGUAGUUUCAGCUGUGUGUUUCUGUGAGCAGUAGUUAAAUUCCCAGGAUGCCGUAGUUUCAGCUGUGUGUUUCUGUGAGCCGUAGUUAAAUUCCCAGGAUGCCGUAGUUCCAGCUGUGUGUUUCUGUGAGCAGUAGUUAAAUUCCCAGGAUGCCGUAGUUCCAGCUGUGUGUUUCUGUGAGCAGUAGUUAAAUUCCCAGGAUGCCGUAGUUCCAGCUGUGUGUUUCUGUGAGCAGUAGUUAAAUUCCCAGGAUGCCGUAGUUUCAGCUGUGUGUUUCUGUGAGCAGUAGUUAAAUUCCCAGGAUGCCGUAGUUCCAGCUGUGUGUUUCUGUGAGCCGUAGUUAAAUUCCCAGGAUGCCGUAGUUUCAGCUGUGUGUUUCUGUGAGCCGUAGUUAAACUCCCAAGAUGCCGUAGUUCCAGCUGUGUGUUUCUGUGAGCCGUAGUUAAAUUCCCAGGAUGCCGUCGUUCCAGCUGUGUGUUUCUGUGAGCAGUAGUUAAAUUCCCAGGAUGCCGUAGUUUCAGCUGUGUGUUUCUGUGAGCAGUAGUUAAAUUCCCAGGAUGCCGUAGUUCCAGCUGUGUGUUUCUGUGAGCCGUAGUUAAAUUCCCAGGAUGCCGUAGUUCCAGCUGUGUGUUUCUGUGAGCCGUAGUUAAAUUCCCAGGAUGCCGUAGUUUCAGCUGUGUGUUUCUGUGAGCAGUAGUUAAAUUCCCAGGAUGCCGUAGUUCCAGCUGUGUGUUUCUGUGAGCAGUAGUUAAAUUCCCAGGAUGCUGUAGUUCCAGCUGUGUGUUUCUGUGAGCCGUAGUUAAAUUCCCAGGAUGCCGUAGUUCCAGCUGUGUGUUUCUGUGAGCAGUAGUUAAAUUCCCAGGAUGCCGUAGUUCCAGCUGUGUGUUUCUGUGAGCCGUAGUUAAAUUCCCAGGAUGCCGUAGUUCCAGCUGUGUGUUUCUGUGAGCAGUAGUUAAAUUCCCAGGAUGCUGUAGUUCCAGCUGUGUGUUUCUGUGAGCAGUAGUUAAAUUCCCAGGAUGCCGUAGUUCCAGCUGUGUGUUUCUGUGAGCCGUAGUUAAAUUCCCAGGAUGCUGUAGUUCCAGCUGUGUGUUUCUGUGAGCAGUAGUUAAAUUCCCAGGAUGCCGUAGUUUCAGCUGUGUGUUUCUGUGAGCAGAUGAGCGGCGCCGGUACCCGGAGCCGUGGCUCCUCUACGCGGGCCUCCUGCUGGUGCCGGCCCUGGUCCUGCUGGCCAUGUCGGCGGCCAUGUUGAUGUGCAGAUGAGCUCUCCGGUCCUCCAGGUCUCCCAGAUCUACUGGACCCGCACGCAGCUCUUCAGGUGGGAUUCACAUCCCCUCGUUUCCAUGACAACCAGCAGGACAUGUGGGAGGUUUCUGAGUCUGGACCGGAGGAUCAGAACUGGUUUGAUGUGAAUCCCAGCCCGCUCGUCUUGGUUCCUCUUCCUCUGGACUCACGUUUAGUUUCUGUGAAACUGUUAAGUUAAAGUUGUCAUUAAAAACUUUAAGAAAUAAAACUUUUCUCUCUUCAUUUCAAACGUUCUGGUUGGUUUUAUGGUUAUUAUGUUCAUUUUUUAUUGAAUGAAUUUUUUGUUUUAAGCAAAAAACAUUUUUAUAUUUUUAUUCAUGGAUGUCUGCUUGUUUUCCAGCCCCACAGCAUGAUACUGCCACCUCCAAUAACCAGUUUCAUUCUUUCAUAAAGUUUUCCUGUUAUUGUGGUGAAACAGCUCCAUUUCUGCCUCGUCUGACCUUUGAACUCUCCAGAAGGUUUUCUGUUGGUCCAGUGUUUUCUCUCUGGACAUUUAGUCCAAUUUUACCUGAGACACAUUGACAAUAAAUACUUAAAGUACUGACCAAAAUAAAAUACCAGAGGAAGACAUGGAGAAAGCUGCUCAGCUGUUAGCUGAAGGGUCUGAUGUCACUGAGAAGGUUAUAAAAAACAAAUCAACUGUUUUUACAUUGUUGUAUUAUUGGUUAAGAGAUGCCCGUUUUAUUUAUUAAAUAAAACUUCCUGUUUGAUUGAA